AUGAGCAAAUCGGAUUUGAAUCGUCGUUCGCGAAUCGAUAUCAACGAUACAAAAACGGUUAUAUUUGAGAAAUGUGCGAAAGCGUUGAGUGAUUUCGAAUCAGCGAUUACGUAUGAACCGCAACGAAGACCCGCCAUCAGUAAUCUUAUAACAAUCUACUCGGCGUUAACUGGUAAAACACCCGAACAGAUUGUUGCGGAUUGUGCAGGAAAAGAUACGAAGCAUUUCAAGCAUGCGUUGAGUUGUGAACUUGAUCUGCAUUUCGCACCGAUUCGUGAUAGAUUCAACGCGUUGAUCGCUGAUGAAAGCACUCUGAAAGAUAUUCUCUUCGAUGGUGCACAGAAAGCACGUAAAACUGCAGCCAAAAACGUAGAAGAACUCAAGGAAAUUAUUGGCUUUAAGCUGUGA